CUGUACCGUGUCCGCAGUCUCUGGCCAUCUCCUGUACCGUGUCCGCAGUCUUUGGUCAUCCCCUGUACCGUGUCCGCAGUCUCUGGCCAUCUCCUGUACCGUGUCCGCAGUCUCUGGUCAUCUCCUGUACCAUGUCCGCAGUCUCUGGCCAUCUCCUGUACCGUGUCCGCAGUCUCUGGUCAUCUCCUGUACUGUGUCCGUCAGUCUCUGGUCAUCUCCUGUACCAUGUGCAUCUUAUGGAGCGAAAAAUACGGUAUAUUUAUAUUCAUUAUA